AAAACAUCCAUUGCUUUGGCCAGGAAUAUUCUCCAUGAAUAUCCUUCGGUGACUCUGGUAGAGGUAGGCGUAGAGUUGAGCGUGUGUAUGAUCCCCACAAAUGAUGAGAAUAUUUAUGCUAAUAGUAAAAAGAUGUGUUUCGUCGCAUUGGAAAUCGUCCCAUAUAUCAGCGGCUCUAUUCACGUCAUGGCAAAUCCGACCUAUUCCUAUUCAACCUCUAAUAUCAUUGAUAACGGUAAAAGUGUGAUCAAACCACCCUAUGGAAAAUUUCAGAGGGAUCGCUGACUUCAACUAUUAUGAAAAAGGAAUUGCAAGCUUUUGCCAACGGUUGAACCCAAGUUUUGACCUAUCAAGACUCUGCAUCAAAGUACCCGCUACCUUUGAAGGCCUCCAAGCAUGCCGACAAUUAAAAGAUAUGGGUAUCAGGACUCUUGCAACUACGCUAUUCACCAUGGAACAAGCAAUACUGGCAGGUGAAGUGGGCUGUGUAUCUAUUUCACCAUUUGUACAUGAACUGAGAGUUCAUUUUGAUGAAUUGUGAGUAGUGUAUUGCAACUCAUUGUACCCAGUUUCUGAUUUGUAUAGAUACCAAGACAAAGAUCCCAAUUUUCUGCUUUGCGUUCAAGCCCAGAGAUACUAUGAAGAAAACUCCUACGAGACCCGCGUUAAAGCAUGUAGCGUCGUUUCAAUUGAGGAAGUCAUGCUCCUUGCUGGAGUGAACGCAUUGACUAUCGCCCCUUCACUUCUAGAGGAAUUGAAACAGGUUGAGUGGACCGAGAGAAGUGUCAAUGGCCACUCUUUGUUCUUGGGCAGAGAGACUGAGAUUGGAAAUAUGGAUAGCAAAACCUGCAUCCAUAACGAGAAGGAGUUUCGCGACCAAUUUGGAAAAAGUCAAGGAGGCAAAGGAGAGAAGAAAACUGAGGAGGUAAUAAUCAUUGUCCCUAUCUCAGAUACUCUCAGACAUAUCUUCUAACAUGACCCCAGGCGAUUCAGCUCUUCUGUGAGUUUCAGACCAAAUGUGAAGAAUUGUUGAAGCCGUUGUUGUAGAAGUGUUGAACACGUGCUGUAAUAUGUCGUUCUGUGUCGAAACCUCUCUUUGGGCGACGUUAGGCAUACAAUUUCGUGGUCACAAACUCCAAGCUGCAACCUCUUGAAAGUGAUAAUAAUGCUAUUUUCGUAUACAACUUUACCGCGUAUCCCUCGAGAUGUUGUGCUCUGGUCGCUCCUACUAUUCUUGCAUAUAAAUGACCGGUGCGAUUCGCGCGAGCCCGCCAGGUAUUCGGUACUGCUUGAAGACGAGCAUCGCACCGCCUGCAUCAACAUUCGUAGCACAUUGCCUUGAGCGCCCCCACUCUACAGUGUGGGUUCCAAUGUGAGAGUUCUUCGAGGGGUCGUGGGAUGACGAUAACAAUUCGAAGUUGCAAUUGGGAUCCCGCAUUGUGGAGUGAUGGGCAUCAAAAUCGUGCAUCAACAAGAAACUCUACACCGCCAUCGUAGCACCACCCAGCACAGAGUCUAUUGAAAGCAUGGAUGGUACAUCGUGGGGGCGUACAUCCGGCGGGGUGAUCCGAGAUAUUGUGUAUCUGGAGGUUCGAUGAACGCGUGCUGUGAUCGUGAAGAUGCCACAUCAGAGGGACAACGGGAGAGGUUGGGCAACAUCGAGCCAUGCGAUCUCGGAGCGCCGGUAUCUUUGUGAUGAGAAAUACCAUAUUCGAUGGCAUUCGCCGCACGAUCGACCGUCACACUGCCAUGUUAACCAACAUGUGGUGAGAAUGUGGAAAUGGUGAUGUUCUCUGGUGAGGUGAGAUGAAAUGGCUCGAGCGACAUCUUGUGGACGUGUGCCAAGUAGCUUGGCAUACGUCCAGGCCUGAAAGCUGGGGCCUAAGCGAACCCCUGUCUUACACCGAGUGUUUUCGCUUCACAAAGUCACGACGAUGUAGUACAGAAUAAGGUAGGAGAAUUCUUUUCUUUUCCAAUCUACGAUUCAAAGAUUCAAUACGCUGACUCCAACCUCUGCUGUUGAUAUUCAAGAGCAGUGAUAUCCCUAUAUUUCGUGUUUGGAGACUUGAAAGGUUCCAAUGCUCCCACGGAAGCAUCGCGGUCAGCUUUGCAAAAGUACGCGAUUGAAUAUCUUUCAGGUAUUAAUCCCUCUUCACAGUUCUCUAGCAAUGGAGGCAAGCUGACCCGAUGGAGACCUGCAGGUAGAAAAUCAUUUGUCCAUCGUUGCAGUGUCUCGCUCACAUUCACAACCAUUUCCGAUGUUGAACCGCAUUGAAUUCGACAAAAUGUACCUUUUUGCUGGCGGUUCUCAAAUUCCAGUCCACCGACCGAGUCUUGAAACAGAAGUGUAAUGACCCCAAGAUCGAAGUGUGGCCAAAUACGACUAACUCUCCCACCUCUGAUUUCCGAGACCUCAAUUCCUGGGUAGUGGUUCAUCCGAAGCUCGCUUGCAUUCUUUUCUCGGGUAAUCUUCUGCAAAAAGGUUCCUGCUGGAAGAUGAAGCGAAGCCUCCAGUGCCUCCAUGAUAGUUGAACUAACCCUUUCAAGAGCAUCGAAGGCUUGCUCCAUUGGUUGACGAAACCCUGGAAUGCUGCUCUUCUCUGGCCAUCUGUUGGGAUAUUGAGUAUCUGUUUUUGGUCCUUGGUCCCAAUGCUCCUAUAUUUCACAUUUAACUAUAGCAAUGUUUCUCGGGACAUGAAAAGCGUACUCUCGCAUCUUUGAGAUUGAUUGUCUCCCCUGAUUGAAGAAACCCCUUCCGAUAAAGCCCGGAGCUACUCUCGGCACCCACGUGGCUCCAGCCUCGUUGAGGAUCCGGACCCGGUUGAUGUGCUAUAUGGGCUUUCUGAUCUUGACCUAAUUCAAAGAAGGCUUUGCUCUGUUAUUCCCGGAGCCGUUAAUACAAGUAUUGGUAUUUGGUAGGGACAUUCUUGUUACAUACCAAUUUCCACAUUUCAGAUACCAAACCCUCGGGCACACCAUGGUUGAUGAGCUUAACAAAUCCAUGCUCUUUAAGGCCACUGAGCAAUGAGGACGCAAGUUGUUGACGCUGAUGUUUGUUUCCAUGAGUAAAUUGUGACAAGUCCAAAGUCGGGAGAUCCAUGAUUUCGUCUACCAACUUGGAUGUUGUUUGUUGUUUCUUUUCUUUUUUGGAUCGCUGGAGUUGUCAAGUUCUAUAAGAUACCUGUUGCUAUAAGAAAGCUGUCUAAGAUACAAAUGUGCCUUGGACAUCGAUGCCUCAACCAAGUACUACAUUCUACGAAUCGACACACUAUUGGAAUCUUUCAUGCUACCGCGCGGGUAACAUUGUUGUAGACACAGUGUCUAGAUACGCCACAAUCAUGGAUCAAAUCAAGUUUGAACUUUUAAGCAGUGAACUGGCCACCACAUAUGUAAAAGCUUUGCUCCUCUAUAUCGCCACAUUUCAAAUUUCGUCACCCAAAGGCCAUGCAGUACUUCUUUGUUGGAGAACAGUGGAAUAGGCGCCACUUCUUCAUACAAGACACGCGAAUGUAAUACUUGACUCGUUUCUUUGCCGAAGCAUUGCAGGGACAAUACAAUUAAGAGAAGUGGUGUCACAUUGGAUGAAGGAUUUUGAAAAUUACGAGUAACGCUAUGCAGGUUGAGACGACUGUGUUCCACAAAAUAGCUGGUAGUUCUAGAUUGCCAUCGACUCAAUAAAUUCGCCAAUUGUAUGAAACCUGACCGUCGAAAAGUACGUCUGCCUUUGUUUCAAGGUCAACUCGCGAGGACAUGCUGUUGCACCAGCUAUCAUCCACUCGUCUACUUGGGCAAUUUCAGCCUCUCGUGUAAGCUCCCCAUCUUCCAGUCCUGUUGCAACAUUUCUUUGUAUUUCCUCCGUUGUCUUAAAGGUUAUUUCCAAAGGACGAUCUGCAAAUAUCGCACUUUAGAACCUCUCAUCAAGCGUCAGAUUUUGAUUUGAGAUAGGCUUACCAUAAAAUCUUUCCAUGAUCUUGACGGCGUUGUUGAAUGUGUUCCAUUCUCCGACAACAUGUGUGACGGGUUCCUAUGGUAUAUUAGUAUCACAGGUUAUCAUUGCCACGUAUCAGUAUGAGGUACCCAAUGCGUUGCCCCAAGUAACUCAAUCACAGCUUUGGCAAUAUCUAGGGCGGAUGUGAAAGCCUGCUCCUCAUCACCCGAUCCUCGUAUACAAGCUCGCCAACUAUUUGGAUCAAUUGGGAAUUCGUCGGGUAUUGCAGGCAUGUAAGUCUUGUCAGUCGUCAAAAAGUAAUCCAUCAACCACCCUCCGUUGAAAAGGGUCCAUUUAACCCCUGUAGACUCCGAAAGAAGGGAUCUAAAUGGUAUAUGCGAUCUACCAUAGAAGCGGGGUAGGUGAGGGAAGUCGAGAAGAUUUCCUAUCCAUUCUGACGGUAUGAAACUCUUGCAGGUUUGAGACUCUUUGCAUGCUUCGAGGAAGGAUUUGUGAAUGUCAAAAUAGACCUCUCCGGGACAGUUGAUGAAAGAAAUAAGUGCUCUUGCAUUGGUGGUAUCGAGGAUAGUCCGCACGGAUGUCUUGUCAUAAUUGCUCAUGUAUACUUCAACUUUAUGAUCUUGAAGCCAUUGGCUUCCCUAG